AUGUCCAAAGGCGACAGUGUUUCAUUACGUUAUAUCAUAGAUACCGUUUCUGCAAUUCGUGGUUCACUAUUAUCGCUUGGAUCGGAAUUAGACAUUAUGAAUGCUAUUAUAAUUCAUAUUGUUUUAUCGAAGCUGGAUGAUAGUUCUAAACAGAAUUACGAUGAAAAACUAGAUUUUAGAUCAUUGCCCUCAUGGGACACCUGUUAUGACAUCUUGAGUCAUCGAUGUCAAUUUUUGGAAAGUCAUGGAAAGAAAAGUGAACAAAAAAGUAGUUCUACUGGCACAAAGCCAAAAUCAAACUUUUCUCGUAAUGCAAAUACUUUUCUUAGUUCGAAUACAAACACAACUUGUUCGUAUUGUAACAGCUCUGGUCAUCAUCUCGCCAUCUGUUCAUCAUUUUUGUCGCUCGUAGUUUCGGAACGUUUUAAUUUCGUAAAACGUAAUGGGCAUUGCAUAAACUGCCUUCGAAAGGGUCAUUUAGUUUCGAAAUGUCCUUCUAGUAGUCGUUGUAGGGUUUGUCAGUCCGCUCAUCAUACUUCGUUACAUAUUUUCGUUCAACCGGAAUCAGCACCAGUUAAUCCAGCUCCUCCUGAAACAUCUACAAAUAAUGCAACAUCGUUAGUAGCUCGUUCGUUCAAAAGAGCCAUAAUACCAACUGCGGUGGUUCUUAUCAAAGAUAGUUUCGGUUGUUAUCAACCUGUAAGAGUUCUUCUGGAUUCCUGUUCUGAAAUUAACUUCAUUACAGAAGAAACUGCCAAGAAACUUAAACUACGUUUUCUACCAAAUUGUCAAGAUGUUUCUGGAAUAAGUGAAAUUCAAACAAAAAUAAGAUAUUCUGUCGCUGCUACCAUAAAAUCCCGAAUUGGCUCAUUUCAGUGGUCAUCAACAUUUGCUGUAACGAAAUCUAUAUCAGCCCAACAGCCUGGUGAAAAAAUAGAUACAACAAGGUUCACAAUUCCAGAAACCAUACAACUCGCAGACCCGCUUUUCUAUAAGCCCCAACGCAUUGAUUUGUUAAUUAGUACGGAAAUAUUUUUCGAUUUGUUGCUCGAAGGACGCAUUUCGUUAGGACAUGGCAUGCCUUGCCUUGUUAAUACAGUUUUUGGAUGGAUUGUCGGUGGAAAAUUCAACGAUCAAAAAAAUCCCUCGACCCUUACAUGUAAUUUGGCCCUAGAUUCUUCAACUUCAAUUCUUGAUAACACAUUGAGAAAAUUUUGGGAAGUUGAGGAAUAUGUAAGUGGUCCUCAAACAUUUACCAAUGAGGAACAAGCGUGUGAGAAACAUUUCACCGAAAAUGUCCAAAUUAACUCGGACCGAAGAAUUCAAGUUCGGUUACCAUUUAAACAAAAUCCUAAUUGUUUAGGUGAGUCUUUCGAAAUUAGUAAACGAAGAUUUUUGUCGCUCGAACGUAAAUUGGAACGUGAUCCCACUUUAAAAUCUAUGUAUGUCGAUUUUGUGAACGAAUAUUUGGCACUUGGUCAUAUGUCGCUCUAUAAUCGUCCUCUUUCGCAUCCACAUUACAUAAUACCUCAUCAUUGUGUUCUCAAGCCUGAGAGUACAACAACAAAGCUUCGUGUCGUUUUCGAUGGGUCAGCUCGCACAACUUCGAAUCAUUCCUUGAAUGAUAUACUCAUGGUUGGCCCAACUAUACAACAAGAUUUAGUUACCACACUCUUUUCGUUUCGUUUGAAUAGAUUUGCUCUCACUGCAGACAUAUCUAAAAUGUACCGCCAAUUUUUAGUCGAUGAACGUGAUCGUAAAUUUCAAUUGGUUCUUUGGAGAUCCAAUUCAAAAGACAAACUAUGCGUGUUUCAACUAAACACCGUUACGUAUGGGCUCUCAGCAGCACCGUUUUUGGCUAUUCGAAGUUUGUUUUUUAUCGCCGAUCAGCACAGUUCAACUUUUCCCAUUGGUUCAAAGGUACUUCGUGAGGAUUUAUACGUAGAUGAUGUUCUCACUGGCUCUGAUAGUCUCGAAAUCUUAGAACUCAAGAAAUCUGAAAUUAUUAAAAUUCUCAGUAUUCAUGGUCUUCAGCUCGCAAAGUGGAAUAGCAAUUGUCCAGACUUCGUAACCAACAACGACGAAGAAGUUGCCAUUAAAACCACUGAAGAAAAUAUUACAAAAACACUUGGAAUGUCCUGGAAUCCUACUCAGGAUAUAUUUUUGUUUCGCUUUAACUUGCCCGAUAUACAUUCAUCAACCCUUAAUUGUUUUGUAGCAAAUCGUGUCUCAGAGUUACAAGAACAAGCUCAAGACGUUAUAUGGCGGCAUGUGCCAUCAAAAAGUAAUCCAGCCGAUAUUGUGUCUCGUGGUUGUAGCGCUACAGACUUGCCUAGUACAAUUUGGUUUAAUGGUCCCAAAUUUAUUUUCGAAGAUGUUAGUAACUGGCCCGCAAACAUAACUGAUGAAUCCGAUGAAAUUUUGGAAAGAAGAAAAACGGCUCUUAAAUGCACUACAAAUGACAUCACCGAGUCCGUCAUAGAUGAAAUUAUAGAUAAGUGCAAGGUAGACCCUUUGUUGAAAGCCAAUAACAUCAUUCAUCUCCCACCCCAGGAGUUGGAGAACACAUUUUGGAAAUUAGUAGCACAUAUACAAAGUAAAAACUUCGUCGUGGAGUUAAACGCCAUUUUAAACAAUAAUUUGGUACAACCGUCCUUGCAAAAACUGGCUCCAUUUGUACAUCAAAUGGAAACUGACAACAAAACUAUUAAUUUGAUUCGAGUGGGUGGAAGAUUAUCGAAAGCUCCAAUCCCAUAUGAUGCUCGCUUUCCCGCUUUAUUGCCGAAAAAUCAUCGCUUUGUAAAGCUAUACAUUGAGCAUUUACAUCGUCUUCACUUACAUGCUGGUCCCAAAGUAUUGCUUGGAAUACUUCGUCAAAAAAUAUGGAUAAUUAACGCCAGAGAAGUAGUUCGAAAAGUGGUUCGCAAUUGUGUCCAUUGCUUCCACUACAAACCAAAGUUGAUUGGACAAAUAAUGGGCAACUUACCAGUUGAUCGCCUAAGAGCUCAACGACCAUUUUUGGUCAGUGGAGUCGAUUUUUGUGGCCCAUUCUUAACUUCGUAUCGUAUUCGUGGAAAGGUACCUUAUAAAACUUACGUCGCAGUUUUUGUGUGCUUUAGCUCAAAGGCAACUCACUUGGAGCUCGUUUCCGAUUUGUCCACAAACAAUUUUAUACUUUGUUUAAAUCGCUUUGUUAGUCGACGUGGCCUACCGCAACGCAUUUUUUGCGAUAACGCGACAAAUUUUACAGGUGCCCACAAUAAACUCAAAGAGUUAAAAGAUAAAUUGCUCUCUAAUAAAAUCGUAUCAGAAAUCAAGACGCAUUGUACUCAAAAUGGCUUCGAAUUUUGUUUCAUCCCUCCUCGUGCCCCACAUUUUGGUGGAUUGUGGGAGGCCGCUGUUAAAUCUGCUAAAACCCUAUUAGUAAAAAAUCUUGCUCAAGCUCGCCUUACAUUUGAAGAACUACAAACUUUAAUUGUCGAAAUAGAAGCUAUAUUGAACUCUCGUCCUAUAGCUCCAAUGUCAGAUGACCCUAAUGAUGGAGAAGCACUUACUCCCGGUCAUCUGCUAAUUGGUUCAUCGUUGGUGUCCAUACCUCAGGAAACUUUUGAUUCUUCAAAGUUAUCCGCAUUAAAUCGAUGGCAACAAAUUUCGUAUCUCAAAAAUCAAUUUUGGCAACUGUGGUCCCGAGAUUAUCUUUUAUCGCUACAACAACGUUCGAAAUGGUCUAAAACACAACCAAAUAUCAAUAUUGGACAACUAGUCAUUAUCCAUGAAGAUAAUACUCCCACCACAGAAUUGGCUCCUUGCAAGAGUCACAAAAACAAUUUUUGGUACUGA